AUGGAAAACCUUCCCAGAGGGCCUCGUCGAGAUUAUCGCAGACCCAGAAACGACAGAGACACAAGAGACUUGUACAGAGACCAUCGUGGCUCUUAUAGAGAACAGAGAGGAUAUUAUGAAGAGGGCUGGUACGAUAGAGGAUAUGCACGAAAUAGGGAAUAUAGACCUACUAAUGGGAGGUCAUCCUUCCAGAACAGCUGUCCGCCGCUAGAAAAAAUCGCACGGGUGUCUCUGUGGGACAAACCAGCGCCUGGAUUUGAGGGAGUGAGCGCUGCACGUGCCAAAGCAUGCGGACUGUUCCCUGAGCCAGGCGAGCCCUCCAGAACUACAGACCAGACAGAAAUACAAAGACUUUUAUCGCACGCUGCCACAAAUUACCGCUCGCAGGCGUUCCAGGACUCGAAACUGACGCCGCUGGACUCACGUGUGGCCAAGACACUCAUUCUGCGAGCAGACUUCAACGUCGUUCGGCUGGAACGUGUAAAAAAGUAUUUGGAAAAUUACUUGCUUGCAAAUAUUGUCCCGAACGUGAAUUAUGAAGACGUGAAGAUCCAGAUGCAUCCGACCCAGGAUCCCAGGACAGUGAUUGUCCAGACUUUGCGCUCCACGGUGGCCACGGCGCUUUUUGCGCUGACUGGUCUUGAUGUGCCCGAGCUGAAUACUACCUUGAGUUUUGAGCGGCCAAAGGAAUAUGUGGUAUUCAACCCAAACGAUACGUCCGUUCCGCAGGAGCCUUUGGAGGACGUGGUGGAGUCGUCGCAGCUGUACGUGGCCAGAAACGUUCCAUACGGCACACCACGAGAAAAGCUGCUCGAGCUGUUGCAACCACUAGGAAAAGUGCGCUCGUUGGCACAGGUGCUUGACAAGUUGUCGUAUGAGUCCAAGGGAGUUGCAUUUUUUGAAAUGGUGAGUGAAGACUCGGAGGUUUUAACUAAACUCAACGAACUAGCCAUAGACGAUCAAGAACUACAGAUUUUUAGGGCCUGCGAAAAUCCAGAGCGCAAGUAUGAGCAGGCUGUCAUUCUAUCGGCCGAAACACUGUUUGGUGCGCUCCAGUCCGAUAAGAUUAGCCCGCAUGCGCCUUCGGAAAUAGUGCAAUUUCUCAACUGUGUCGCAGUCGAGGAUCUUGUUGACUCGGUGAAAUACAACGAUAUAAAGGUGGCCUUUGAGGCUGAGUGUUCUUGUCAUGGACAUCCUGAAAAAGUGCUGAUUCCCAGACCCGAGGGGGAUUUCCGGCCGGGCAUGCCUACGAAACCGGAGGUGGGCAGGAUUUUUGUGAAGUUUGCCACGUCGGAAGAGGCCCAGAAGUGCGCCGAGGCUCUUGCUGGACGCAAAUUCAACGGGCGCACCAUCCUGGCGGCGUUUUACGAGACAGAAGACUUCAGCAGGGCGCUGUUCUAG